AUGGCGGCAUUCGGCGGCCAGACGCCUACGAUUAUCGUCCUAAAAGAAGGCACCGAUCAAUCUCAAGGCAAAGGCCAAGUCAUUUCCAACAUCAACGCAUGCUUAGCCGUCCAAGACACGAUCAAGACAACUCUAGGGCCCUAUGGCGGCGAUUUACUACUCGUGGACGCAAGCGGGAGACAGACCAUCACCAACGAUGGCGCCACGGUCAUGAAGCUCCUCGACGUCGUACACCCGGCGGCGCGCAUCUUGGUGGACAUUGCGCGGUCGCAGGAUGCAGAGGUCGGGGACGGGACGACAUCGGUGGUCGUGCUCGCUGGAGAAGUUCUCAAAGAGGUCAAAGAGCUGGUCGAACAAGGAGUCAGCACGCAGACCAUCAUCAAGGGCCUGAGAAGGGCGUCGGAGAUGGCGAUCAACAAAAUCAAGGAGAUUGCCGUGUCUACGCAGGAGGGGAACAAGCGAGAAACCCUACGCAAACUGGCCGCCACGGCGAUGAGCAGUAAGCUCAUCCACCGCAAUGCCGAUUUCUUCACAAAGAUGGUUGUCGACGCAGUUCUGUCUCUGGACCAAGAUGACCUCAACGAGAAGUUGAUCGGGAUCAAGAAAAUCACCGGCGGCGCGCUCGAAGAUUCCCUGUUCGUCGACGGCGUGGCCUUCAAAAAGACCUUUUCAUAUGCCGGCUUCGAACAGCAACCCAAAUCGUUCAAGAACCCCAAGAUCGUGUGUUUGAACGUUGAGCUCGAGCUCAAGGCUGAGAAGGACAAUGCCGAGGUGCGCGUUGAGCAGGUGUCGGAAUACCAAGCCAUUGUCGACGCCGAGUGGCAGAUUAUCUACGAUAAGAUGGAGGCACUCUACAAGACGGGAGCCAAAGUGGUCCUGAGUCGUUUGCCCAUAGGCGACCUUGCGACACAGUACUUUGCCGACCGAGACAUCUUCUGCGCCGGACGAGUCGCAGCCGAGGACCUCGAGCGUGUCUGUCAGGCCACAGGCGCCACGGUCCAGAGUACGUGCACCGACAUCCAAUCGUCGCAUCUCGGCACGUGUGGCCUGUUCGAGGAGCGCCAGAUCGGCGGCGAGCGGUACAAUUUGUUCAGCGACUGCCCGCAGGCCAAGACGUGCACGCUCAUCCUGAGGGGCGGCGCCGAACAAUUCAUCGCCGAAGUUGAGCGUAGUCUGCACGACGCCAUCAUGAUCGUCAAGCGUGCGCUGCGUAACCACACGAUCGUGGCCGGCGGCGGCGCCAUUGAGAUGGAACUGUCGGGCUACCUACACCGGUACGCGGACAAGAACGUGCCGCACAAGCAGCAGGCGGUGGUCAAGGCAUUUGCAAAGGCCCUCGAGACUAUCCCGCGGCAGCUGUGUGACAAUGCGGGCUUCGACGCCACCGACAUCCUGAACCGGCUGCGCGUCGAGCACCGCAAGGGCCACGUCUGGGCUGGCGUUGACUUCGACCACGAGGGCGUCCGCAACAACAUGGACGCCUUUGUUUGGGAGCCCGCACUCGUCAAGGUCAAUGCCAUCUCUGCUGCCGUCGAAGCUGCCUGUCUGAUCCUCUCCGUCGAUGAGACGAUCAAAAACGAAGAGAGCCAGGCUCCUCAGGCUCCGCAGAGGGGGUUACCGCCUGGUGCGGCGCAGAGAGCUCUUAGAGGAAGAGGACGGGGGAUGCCCAGACGGUAA